AUGGAAGGCGAUAAUCAUCCAGCCAAACGUUUGGCCAACUAUAAAUUAGCUAAUAGUUACACUUUUUUUGGUACUGUUCACAUCAAGACAUCAGCAACAAUGUUAACUGUAUUUUACAUACUUUCAUUAGCUAUUGCUGAUUUUACCAUUGAUGUAAUUAUGACUGAUUCAUCCUCUUUGACAUAUGCAACUACCGCCAGUGUAAUAAUACUGUUGGCGAUAUUACUGGCACAGUACGGAAUGUGGAAAGAAUCAUCACUCUGUUUGUUACCGCUGAUAUUUAUUCAGAUUCUGUUAGGCGCAACGAUGAUACUAACAUUCGCUUUUUCGAGUUUUAUUGAAUUCCAUUGUUUUCUUAUUGAAGCUUGUCCAAGCGGUCGUCUUCUUAUGCUUGGCAUGGGAAGUGCUAUAUUUUUCGUGUCACACUGUUACUGUAUUGUAAUCAUAUGGUUCUGUUGGAAAUAUUUUCGCUUUGUAGAAAGAAAAGCAAAAUUAGAACAAACAUGGCAUGCCGAAACAGCUGAUGAUGAGAUUGAUGAAAAUGUUUUGAUCAGCAAUAUGUCACUUAAUAAGAACUUUACUCAAUGUUAA